AUGAUUAUUUUGCACAUCAAGGUCCUUCUUGCUUAUUACUUGAGCUCCCCUUCUUCGUUACACAAAUAUCAUCUUACUGACUACUUAAAACUCUUCUUAUUCAUUACUGCUGUUUCUUCUUACACAUCAUUCAAAGUCCUUCUUGCUUAUUACUUGAGCCCCUUCCUCGUCCUUUUUGCUUAUUACUUGACCUCCCCUUACUCGUUACCCAAAUAUCAUCUUACUGACUACUUAAAACUCUUCUUAUUCAUUACUGCUGUUUCUUUUUACACAUCAUUCAAGGUCCUUCUUGCUUAUUACUUGAGCUCCCCUUCCUCCUUACCCAAAUAUCAUCUUACUGACUACUUAAAACUCUUCUUAUUCAUUACUGCUGUUUCUUCUUACACAUCAUUCAAGGUCCUUUUUGCUUAUUACUUGAGCUCCCCUUCCUCGUUACCCAAAUAUCAUCUUACUGACUACUUAAAACUCUUCUUAUUCAUUACUGCUGUUUCUUCUUACACAUCAUUCAAAGUCCUUCUUGCUUAUUACUUGAGCUCCCCUUACUCGUUACCCAAAUAUCAUCUUACUGACUACUUAAAACUCUUCUUAUUCAUUACUGCUGUUUCUUCUUACACAUCAUUCAAGGUCCUUCUUGCUUAUUACUUGAGCUCCCCUUCCUCGUUACCCAAAUAUCAUCUUACUGACUACUUAAAACUCUUCUUAUUCAUUACUGCUGUUUCUUCUUACACAUCAUUCAAGGUCCUUCUUUGCAUUUUUAUUACUUUCCCCUUCCUCCUCCCCCUUCCUCGUUACCCAAAUAUCAUCUUACUGACUACUUGUUUCUUCUUAUUCAUUACUGCUGUUUCUUUUUUACACAUCAUUCAAGGUCCUUCUUGCUUAUUACUUGAGCUCCCUUCCUCGUUACCCAAAUAUCAUUUUACUGACUACUUAAAACUCUUCUUAUUCAUUACUGCUGUUUCUUCUUACAAAUCAUUCAAGGUCCUUUUUUGCUUAUUACUUGAGCUCCCCUUCCUCGUCCUUCUUGCUUAUUACUUGAGCUCCCCUUCCUCGUUACCCAAAUAUCAUCUUACUGACUACUUAAAACUCUUAUUAUUCAUUACUGCUGUUUCUUCUUACAAAUCAUUCAAGGUCCUUUUUUGCUUAUUACUUGAGCUCCCUUCCUCGUUACCCAAAUAUCAUCUUACUGACUACUUAAAACUCUUCUUAUUCAUUACUGCUGUUUCUUUUUACACAUCAUUCAAGGUCCUUCUUGCUUAUUACUUGAGCUCCCUUCCUCGUUACCCCAAAUAUCAUCUUACUGACUACUUAAAACUCUUCUUAUUCAUUACUGCUGUUUCUUACAAAUCAUUCAAGGUCCUUCUUGCUUAUUACUUGAGCUCCCCUUCCUCGUUACCCAAAUAUCAUCUUCACUACUUUCUUCUUAUUCAUUACUGCUGUUUUUUACACAUCAUUCCUUCUUGCUUUUUACUUGAGCUCCCUUCCUCGUUACCCAAAUAUCAUCUUACUGACUACUUAAAACUCUUCUUAUUCAUUACUGCUGUUUCUUCUUACAAAUCAUUCCUUUUUGCUUAUUACUUGAGCCCCCUUCCUCGUCCUUCUCUGCUUCAUUACUGCUGUUUCUUUUACAAAUCAUUCAAGGUCCCCUUUUCCUUACCCAAAUAUCAUUUUACUGACUACUUAAAACUCUUCUUAUUCAUUACUGCUGUUUCUUCUUACAAAUCAUUCAAGGUCCUUUUUGCUUAUUACUUGAGCUCCCCUUCCUCGUUACCCAAAUAUCAUCUUACUGACUACUUAAAACUCUUCUUAUUCAUUGCUGCUGUUUCUUUUACACAUCAUUCAAGGUCCUUUUCCUUCUUGAGCUCCCCCUUCCUCGUCCUUCUUGCUUAUUACUUGAGCUCCCCUUCCUCGUUACCCAAAUAUCAUCUUACUGACUACUUAAACUCUUCUUAUUCAUUACUGCUGUUUCUUCUACACAUCAUUAGGUCCUUCUUGCUUAUUUUGAGCUCCCCUUCCUCGUUACCCAAAUAUCAUCUUACUGACUACUUAAAACUCUUCUUAUUCAUUACUGCUGUUUCUUCUUACACAUCAUUCAAGGUCCUUCUUGCUUAUUACUUGAGCUCCCCUUCCUCGUUACCCAAAUAUCAUCUUACUGACUACUUAAAACUCUUCUUAUUCAUUACUGGUGUUUCUUCUUACUCAUCAUUCAAGGUCCUUCUUGCUUAUUACUUGAGCUCCCCUUCCUCGUUACCCAAAUAUCAUCUUACUGACUACUUAAAACUCUUCUUAUUCAUUACUGCUGUUUCUUUUUACACAUCAUUCAAGGUCCUUCUUGCUUAUUACUUGAGCUCCCCUUCCUCGUUACCCAAAUAUCAUCUUACUGACUACUUAAAACUCUUCUUAUUCAUUACUGCUGUUUCUUUUUACACAUCAUUCAAGGUCCUUCUUGCUUAUUACUUGAGCUCCCCUUCCUCGUUACCCAAAUAUCAUCUUACUGACUACUUAAAACUCUUCUUAUUCAUUACUGGUGUUUCUUCUUACUCAUCAUUCAAGGUCCUUCUUGCUUAUUACUUGAGCUCCCCUUCCUCGUUACCCAAAUAUCAUCUUACUGACUACUUAAAACUCUUCUUAUUCAUUACUGCUGUUUCUUUUUACACAUUAUUCAAGGUCCUUCUUGCUUAUUACUUUGAGCUCCCCUUCCUCGUUACCCAAAUAUCAUCUUUGACUACUUGA